UCUCUCUCUCUCUCUCUCUCUCUCUCUCUCUCUCUCUCUCUCUCUCUCUCUCUCUCUCUCUCUUUCUCUCAAGCUUUACAGUUCUGAUCGGCGAUAAUGGCGAAGUGUCACCGUAACAAUAUCAAUCCUCUCAUACUCCACCGCAUACCCUCCGCUUCUUCUUCUUCUUCUUCUUCCUCCACCACCGGAUCAUCUUUCCGUAGAAUCAUCUUCGACGCUCUUAGCUGCGGAGGUAGCUCUCGUUACCGACGUGAACUCCAAGAAGAAGAUUACCAAGAAAGUUCAAAAUCGACGACAAAGGUCGGAAACGAUUUAACAAAGAAGUCAGAGAAGCUCUGUGAUCUGUUGAACUUAGCUGUGAUUGAGAGUGGUGUUAAGACUAAGAAAAAGGAAGAAACGUUGGAGGUUCUGAAACGUGUUGUUAAAGAUUUACAAACGGUUGAGGCGGUUAAGGCGGUUGAGGCGGUUGAGGCGGAGAAGGAGAAGGAGAAGAUGGCUGUUGCGGCGAGUGAGGUUAGGUUGUUAGCAAAAGAUGAUAAGGAAGUGAGAGUGACACUUGCAAUGCUUGGUGCCAUUCCUCCUUUGGUUAGUAUGAUUGAUGAUGAUGAGCAUAUCGAAAACGCGCAAAUCGCUUCACUUUACGCUCUUCUUAAUCUUGGAAUUGGCAAUGAUGCGAACAAAGCAGCUAUUGUUAAAGCGGGUGCGGUUCACAAAAUGUUGAAGCUAAUCGAGUCGUCAUCAAAGCCUCCGAAUCAAGCGAUUUCCGAGGCUAUUGUGGCUAAUUUCCUAGGAUUAAGCGCUUUGGAUUCCAAUAAACCGAUCAUCGGUUCCUCGGGUGCGAUUGUUUUCCUAGUGAAAACGUUGAAAAACUUUGAGGAAACUAGUAGUUCAAGACAAGCUAGAGAAGACGCUCUUCGAGCACUUUACAACCUCUCAAUACAUCAUCAAAACGUUCCAUUUAUCCUCGAAACCGAUCUGAUUCCUUUUCUUUUGAACACAUUGGGAGAUAUGGAAGUUAGCGAGAGGAUUCUCGCAAUUUUAACCAAUGUAGCAUCAGUCCCCGAAGGAAGGAAAGCCAUCACGGCUGUAGCUGAAGCGUUUUCCAUAUUGGUUGAUGUAUUGAACUGGAAUGAUUCAGUAAAAUGUCAAGAGAAAGCGAUAUACAUCCUCAUGUUAAUGGCUCACAAGGGGUAUGGAGACCGAAGAGCGAUGAUCGAAGCGGGUAUCGAAUCUGCAUUGCUUGAAUUAACACUUAUAGGAAGCCCCUUGGCGCAAAAGCGAGCCUCGAGGGUACUAGAGUGUUUAAGAGUUGUGGACAAAGGGAAGCAAGUCUCAGCUCCAAUCUGUGGAGUAUCUUCUUCUUCUUCUUCAUUGAGUCGAGAGAGAGGUCAUGAGAUAAGGAUGAGUGACGAGAGAAAAGCAGUGAAGCAGUUAGUGCAACAGAGUUUGCAAUGCAACAUGAAGAGGAUUGUGAAGAGAGCUCAUUUACCACAUGACUUUGUUACUUCACAACAUUUCUCAAAGAGUUUAACUUUCUAAAUUCAAAGAGUGUAAUCUUUGAUUGAAUCAUCGUUAUAUCAUUGACUCAUUAUCCAAUAAAAGUUGUUACUAGGAAAA